AUGGAAGAAGAUCAUUACUACCGAGAAGACAAAGCCACCCAAGCAAGCCUCCAACCCUCUCUCCGACCCACGAACAGCCUCCUUCCGAACCUCUCAUCAACCAGCCACUUCCUCAUCCUCAUGAUCACCUUGACACUCAUUCUCCUGGGCAUAAUAUGGUUCCGACUCGUCUCCAUACUAUCUCGAGGCCCGGCCAAACCGCGUCCACGGCCGCGCCAUGGCCUCCCCUCCCCUCCCACACAUCUCCUGAUCAUCCUCGGCUCAGGCGGCCACACAGCCGAGAUGCUCAACAUGCUUUCCCAAACCCCCAAUCUCCCAGACGACUUCACAUACCGCACGUACGUAGUGAGUUCCGGCGACGCCUUCUCGGCGCUGAAGGCCCACGAAUUCGAACAAUCGCUCCUCGCAAACGUCGGAUCACUUUCUUCGAUACCUGACGGCACCGAGCCAAACUACGACGUAGUGACGGUCCAUCGGGCCCGGAAAGUCCAUCAGAGCAUCCUUACCACGCCCAUAUCCAGUCUACGGUGUCUAUGGGAUUGUAUUGCUGUGCUGAGGGGCACACAUCCCGACUUGAGCGCGAAAAAGAGUCUUGACGGUCGUCGUCGACUACGACGUCCAGCUCCAGACUUGAUUCUCACCAACGGUCCCGGCACGGGGGUGAUUGUCAUUCUGGCCUCCAUUGUUCUGCGGUUCUUCGGAGACGCUGCCUUGCUACCAGAACAACGAAGUUCCUCAAGCGCCCAAACUGGCGGGCAGAUGCGCAGUAUUUUCAUCGAGAGCUGGGCGCGCGUCAGGACCUUGAGUUUGAGUGGUCGUCUACUGAGACCCUUUGUGGAUCGCUUCAUUGUGCAGUGGCCGCAGCUGGCUGAGACGGGAGCGUCCAAGGUGGAAUAUAUCGGACCGUUGGUGACGUGA